AUGACCCGUCCAUGUGGUCAUUAUGAUUAUGUUGAUUCAACAGCAAAAACAUUGGCUGAUGCUAUGGCUUAUCAUCGAGAACAUGGCAAUCGAAUUAUACAUGAAAAAUUAACUGGUAGUCCUCUAUUUCGAGGAUCACAAAUCGAUCCUGACGAGAGAGAAAAAGAAAUGGCUAAUCAAAUGCGUCUCUAUCAACAUUCAGCUCGUUGUCCAGAAACACUUCGUUCAUUUCUUGAUUGUAAUCCUAUGUAUUGGUGUUUUAUUCCUCUAGCUUGGGAUGAAGCAGCAACAGAAAAUGUUGCUAAUCGUCUAGGAAAUUCUACUACAGAUCCCAAUCUGGAUGCUGUGAUAGCAACUACUGCCGUAGACAAUCGUAGGGUGGCCAAUUAUCUAGAUAAUGUACCAUUACCACCAACUUCCUAUGCCUUCUCAUUUCGACAGCUAAAACAACAGCGUCUAUUUUUCGAACGAUUUGCUACGUCUUCCAUUCAUUAUCGACCUUAUAUCAAAUUAGAUUUGUAUAACAUAGCAAUUAUUGCCGUUUGUAAGCAAAUCUAUCUUUAUCAACCACAUCAUCAUCAUCAUUAUCAUUUAUACCUGUUUUUCUUUCACAUUGAUUUAGUACCAGAUGAUUGUUCAAUGAUACUACGAUACACCAUCGAAACAUUAUUCAUUAUUCAUGGUGAAACUAAAUUGAAUAUGAUGUGUCCACUUGGUGGUAAUGCUGAAAAACGUUACGGUCCUCCGUAUAACCUACAUUGGUGUGCUAAUUUGAAUAAUUCAUCAAUGUGA